AGAAGAGCUGCUGAUGUGCAGUGCGAGCACUAUUGCACUUGCCUAGUGGCACGGUAUUUAGGAGCUUUUUUCCCCCACCUUUUCAUUCCUUUCAAGGGGACACGAAGCCGCAACAAGGCGUAAAAGCACAUUUGCAUGCAACGGAUGCGAGUCUGCGCGAUUACGGGUGUUUGUCUCCUCUACGCCUCCUCCCUAACAGUCAAGAAAGCAAAGCAAUUAAUGACAGCAUUUACGUGUUAUUGCGUGUUGCUUCUCCUAGUAGCGGGUGACGUGGCGCUAGUUCCAUGGCACGCAUUCGCGUAAUCGCCUUUCCACCCUUACGUCAUUACAUACAAUGAAUCCAACACGCUGCGCUUCACGGUGCUGCGCAGCCACUGCGUCGUGGUUGACCUCGACGUUCUCUUAGUGAAACGGCUUGGAUACACCGGCACCAUCAUCGUCGAUGACGAAGUGACACGCGGACAGCUCUGGCGCGGCGACCUCGCGGGCGAUACGCAGCCGCACACCGACGCCCGCCGCACCCGCAACGUGAAAGUCAUGACACGUGGCAGCUCCCUCGACUACGGCGACGGUACGAUCAGCUAUUGUCCCGCGCCUCCACACCCAGCGGGUCCGGCGAAAGAGGAGAAGGGUGGAGGAUGCGAGGGGGGUGUGGUGAAUGACACGGCUGCCCUGCGCUUCACACCGACCCCCGUCACUCAUGACCACCCCGUGCAGCCGUUUCAACUUCUCUUCUCCACCGUGCCCUUGACGCUGGAGCCGCCACCGCUGCCGACGACGGUGCCGAUUGACGGCUGGGAGUGGUCUGACGAGGAAGCGGACGCUGGGGCGGAAGAGCCGCGGCUCACCACCCCAGACGAAGAAGGCGGCCCUCUUCUCUCUUCUCUGAGAGUCGAUCAGACCGACGUGCUCCCCAUUUCCAUACGGCCGCAGUCGGAGCUGCGACAGCACUGGAAAACGGCACAUGCGGGAGAUGUGGUGCGCUAUACCCUGCGACCCGCCGCUGCCUCUUCGUCUCCGUCGCAAACGGCCAUCCGCAGCGCCGCUGUCGAGCCAGGGAUGGACGAAGUAGACGUAAUGGAGUUGUUGAGCGUGGACAACAGGGCAGAUUGGUCACCGUGUGUGUUGUACGCCGUGGAAGGCGGCAACACCGUCCCACCGGUGCCGGCAAACCGCAACGACGGUGGCGAGGGCGAUGACGCUGUGCAGCUACAGAAAAUCGAGUCCCUACCCUUCGCCUUUUCUCCGAGCACUCAAAUUCGCUUUCGAGUCGACUUGACCAAGUUGGAUGUGAUGGCUGAAAUGCAGAGGUGGCUCGCAGCCGCGACGGUGGCGGCAACGCAGAACACAUCCGCUGACACUCUUCCGAGCGAGGGCUUUCCCCCGAUUUGCACCGUUGGCUUCCGCGCCCGCCAACGCGGCAGCACCGCCUUCAGCUCUGUCGGGGUGGUGAGGGUGGAGUGGGCAGCCGCGCCUCGCACCGCGGUGGAGGCGGAGAACAUUUUUUAUACGCACAGCAGUGCACAGCGAACUCUCCACGUCUCCGCACGAGCGGCGGUGAAGUCCGGCGUGAGCGGCGGCGCGUUUCACAUGAAGGACUUGUGCUUAGCGACACCGCCGUCAAUCCCAAACCUCGACCUUUCUGUGUCAUCCUUCCCGUACUGUGUGCCGUGCGCACCCGACGAGCACACUUGUAAAAUGAAGCUAUCCUAUGGCUUCAAAGGAAACAAUACAACAACCACACCGGAACCGGCCAGCGUGUCUCACAACCGCAACGAGCUGGAAGGUGUUCCCGAGAAAUCGAGUGCGCUGGAUGAUCUGAUGAAGUCCUACUUAGGCGAGGCACGUCACCUCCACUUUUUCACUGUUAGCGCUCACAGCAAAAUGAGGGGUGAGUACAUCUCUGGAGGCGCCCGCGUCAAGGUACAGUUUUUGUCGGAACAGCUACUUAACUUCAUCGACCGCUACGCGGGCGUCGCAGAAAAGGUGGUGCACAUCAACAGGACCAGCGAGGUUCCUGUUGUCGUGGAUGUCUUUAGUGUUGUGCCCGUCUUUUUGCGGAGUUUUAUUGAUUCCGUCACAGUUGACGGCGGGGCGAUUGAUCGACUUUCCGGACAGCUGUACGGUGCAGCUUCGGCACCCUUUUCGUCCUCGUUCGAAGCGCGGCGCGGGCUGCAGUGGCAGCGGUUGUUACCCGGCAGUUACGUCUCUUUCAAGGAAAUGGAUGCAUUGGAACCCACAAAGCCGCGGGCUACCGACACUGGGCAACGAAGAGCAUUGAAGCUGAACGUCCGUCACACCCUACUGCGUUACGUCCCACCAGCGUCGUGGCUGUCGAUAGCGCCGUGUGCCACCACGGCCAAUAGCGCCACGGCAGUGAGGGAUACGGUAGACAUGAAGUUGCACUUUGCCUUCGCUGUUGUCGGAAAAUUGUCUCUGAUUUUUGUGACGGGGCCACAUCCUACCUGUCCGCCUCGCACUCCCGCUCCUCUCGAAAGCGAAGGGCGUGAUGGAUGGAGGGCACCUACAAGAACAUUGACCCCUAUCCGAGCCCACCGAUUUGUUUACCAGCACACCGCAAACCCGCUCCAGCUGCCCCUCGCAGACCCGUCCCGUACAGUAGAUGAGCAUGCGCCACCUUCGUCACUACCUGUGGAACACGGAGCGCACGCCAUUCGAUUUGUUUCUCUCCCGCGACGUGGGAGUGUCUCGCGUGUGCCCUCGUGCGACAACAUCGGCAGCGAAAGCGAGUCGCUGCUGGGCCACUGCAACGCCAUGCCAUCCCACCCCCCCUUGGACGCCGAGACCGGCUGCGUGUGUUGUCUGCAGGAGUGCUCCGCCCACGUCGGCGGCGCGUUGUCGGCCGGGGCGAUUCUGGAGGCCGACCGGCCGGCGGACACUUCCUUUCUGGAUUGGUUUUCGCCCUUCUGGGUCUUCUACACGCCGCCGUCGUCAACGUCCACAGCAGCGUCGUCGUCGUCUCCUGCUGGUAAUGCCGUCACGGUGGAAGAUGAGGAGGUCGGUGAAGUGGUGGUGGUGAUUUGCUACACCACGUGGCCAGUGCGGCAUCCAGUGCAGCUGUACGAGCUCGUCCUGCACAUCCGCCGAUGGCCAGACACCGCAUUGCGUCCUUCUUUUUUGCUGCCCCUGGCGUCUGAUGCGGGCCCCGCCGCGGCAGCACCACCGUCGCUUUCCUCCAUUAUUCCGCAGAAGCCGAUGAAUAGUGGGAGCGUCUUCCGCGUCCUUCAAAUGUCUGCGCGAGCGGAUGUUGAGACGGGACUGCUGACCGGCGCACCGGACAAUGCGACGACGUGGAUGUCAGACGGCGUGUUUGAAUGUGUGCCACUGCGGCGCGAGGGCGUUGGUGAGGGGCCAUUGCGAGCAUCGUACGCCCGCUCGACUGUGCGUUUGGUGCCCACGUGGAAGUUUGGUGCGUGGGCAUUUUGGCCAAGUGUGACGCGUGGUUGUGUCGUGUUGGAGACGGACGGCGAUCUGCCGACCUUGUUCGUGCGCGCAGUAAGAGUCGAUGACGCCAACACCUCUGUCGUCGCGGCUUCAACAAACGGGGACGGCGGAAAGCGUGCGGGGACAGUGGUAACACGCGCAGCCUCACCACUGGCUUUUGCAACCCUGCAACUUCAGCCAUAUGCCUCUGCGUUGCCUGAGCAGGCCAACGUUACGUGGACAUCGCAGGUAGACGCGGCGUCGUCACACUGGCCCGUUGUCUCCGUCAACGCAAGUGCGGUUGUGCAUGUAAGGGUGCCCAGCCCCUGGGGCUUUUACCACGCUGAGCAGACGAUUCAGCCUUUCCACAUUACGAUACGCUUUGUAAAGCGAGGGGACGAGGGGAGUGAUGUGCGCGUGAGGCUGUCGCGCGCUCCGCGGCGAGGGUGCGUCGUCCAAUUACCGGAGAAGCAUUGCGUACCUCUUGGCUCUUCUCUACGGGAAGCGGUGUGCGAAAGCCACGGCACGAGCACAACAUCUUCUCCCUCGCUGUGGUGUGUGUCGUUGACGUAUGUGCUUCAACGCAUGGAGCCUAACCGUCCUGUCCGCAUGCAUGACGUCGUCGAGCUGGCUGCGGUGACGAGUGAUGGCCAGCGAGUCAGCAAGCCGCUUGUCAUCUCGCUGGAAGGCAAGCGACCGGUUGUGGGCGGCUACUUGAAACAAGGUAUUCUGUGCCUCGUGGUUUUGCUGCUUAUCGCCGUGGUAACGCUGCCGAGGCGAACUCUGCGAUCGCUGACCACGGGGCUUGCGAGUGUUCAGCGACGUUUGCGUGUCCCGGGACGAACCGAAAGAAGAACCGCACGGGGCAUCACUCAUUCGUACGAGAUGGUGGGCAUGCACGACGACGCACGGCAAGAACGCAUCUGA